UGCUUUCUCCGGUACAGAGAACUACUUAUCUGGGCGUGGUGUGGGAUUCGACCACGAUGCAGGCACGCAUGUCACCUGCUCGGAUCGAGUCGAUCCUCGCCGCAGUCGCGAGAGUGAGAGAAGGCCAGUCACUCACUGUCAAGCAGUUUCAAAAACUGCUGGGUCUGAUGGCAGCUGCGUCCAACGUGAUACCUAUUGGCCUGCUGUACAUGAGACCCCUACAGUGGUGGCUCAAGACCAAGGGGUUCUCCCCGAGGGGAAACCCACUUCGCAUGAUCAAGGUCACGCGGCGCUGCCCACGUGCCUUGGAUAUGUGGAGGAAGCCUUGGUUCUUCGACGGACUCACGUCACCUCACCGGCUGGGGUGCGGUCAUGAGUGGCCACCCUGCCCGCGAUCUGUGGAGUGGUCGCCAUCUGACAUGGCACAUCAACUGCCUGGAGAUGCUGGCCGUGCUGCGUGCACUUCGUUAUUUUCUCCCAGACCUAAGAGGUCACCAUGUGUUGGUGCGCACCGACAACACAGCAGUGGUCUCUUACAUCAACCACCAAGGAGGUCUGCACUCACGCCGUCUAUGCAAACUAGCGUACCAGAUCCUUGUGUGGGCCCAGGACAAAUUCCUCUCGCUCAGAGCAGUUCACAUUCCUGGGCAUAUGAAUAUGGGAGCAGACAUCCUGUCGAGGCAGGGGCCGAGGCCCGGGGAAUGGCGGCUUCACACCGAGGUGGUGAAGCAGAUUUGGAGAGUUUUUGGCCAGGCUCAGGUGGACCUGUUUGCGACUCGAGUGACAUCGCACUGUCCCCUCUGGUUCUCUCUGACUCAUCCAGCUCCACUGGGGCUGAACGCCAUGGUACAGACUUGGCCGAGGCUUCGUCUGUACGCCUUUCCCCCGAUUGCUCUGCUCCCAGGAGUUCUGGAGAGAGUGCGCCGGGACGGAGUUCGGCUGCUGUUAGUAGCCCCGUUCUGGCCGGGUCGAGUAUGGUUCUCGGACCUGAUUUCCCUCCUAGACGGCUCUCCCUGGGAGAUUCCCGUCAGGAGGGAUCUCCUCUCACAGGUGGAGGGCACCAUAGUCCACCCCCGCCCGGAGCUGUGGAAGUUAUGGGUGUGGCACCUGAGGGGGCACAACUCGUAGCUUCCGGUCUCUCAACCGAGGUUGUUGAGACCAUCCUCCAAUCCAGAGCUCCCUCUACGAGGAAACUGUAUGCCUUGAGGUGGAAACUUUUCACUUCUUGGUGCGGAGACCGCCAGCUCGACCCAGUUAACUGCCCGAUUGGUACAGUGCUGGAGAUCCUGCAGGCCCGUUUCUCCGCAG